AUGAUGUAAUAAUUCUAAUAAUAAGAAGAACCUGACUUUUUUGUUUGUACUUGUGGAUUUUCUUGUCAUUACAAAAGUGAAAAGGAAAUGGAAAUGCAUAUCGAUUCUUGUCCUGUUUAUAGUGCAUACAGUGAAUUUAUGAAGUAUAUUGAGAGAAAGGAUAUUUAAAAUGCUAAUAUAGAUUAACUUAGAGUUAUGAGGGCUGAGGCAAAAGUAUAUGUAUCUAGAUUAGAUAUGAUGUUAAUGAUUUGUAAAUUUCAAUUUAACCAAAAAAGAUUAGCAAUAAUAAUAACCAAUUUUAUAGAAGAUUCCAUCAUAAACAGUACAAUGUGAGAAAUGUCAUAAAUAAUUUGAAGAAAAUUCAGAUUUUGAUAAAGUUUGGUAUUUAGAAAAUUGUUCACAUAUAAUUUGCAAAGUUUGUAUGUUAAUAAUUUGCAAAGAAGAUUUUUUGACUAUGAAAAGUAAUGUAACAUGUGUUUGUGGAAAGAGAUUUUCUGAUGCAGAGAUAAAAUAGGUCUUAGGAAAUGAAUAAUAUGAAUAAUUAACUGAGAAACUAAAUUUAUCACUUUAAAAUAUUAUUGAAUGCUUUAAUUGCAAAGAGAGAUUCUCUUUUUAGAAAGGAAAUAUCAAUGAGAAAAUUUAAGAUUAAAAUGGGAAAUUAGUAUAAGGAGAAUAAUUAUUACAUUAUAUUGAGAAUAGAUUUAAAUGUUCUAAUUGUCAUACAGAAUAAUGUAAAAAUUGUAUGAGUGUGCCUUAUCAUACAAAUAUGACUUGUGAAUAAUAUAAAAUAAAUAAAGCUGCUGUAAAAUGCAGAUUAUGUGAUUAGCCAACUAAAAUAUAAAAAAAUCAACCUGAAGCAUUAUAAACAAUAUGUGAAUAAUAAGAAUGUUAAACUAGAUCUAAAAAUUUAUGUACAAAUAAAUUAAAAUGUGGUCAUUUUUGUUAAGGAUUAAAGAAUACUCCUUGUUUACCUUGUUUAAAUGAAAAAUGUGCUUAAGAUUAAAAUGAAGAUGAUUAUUGUAAUAUUUGUUUUACAGAAGGAUUAAAAACAUAACCAUGUGUUAAGACAACAUGUGGACAUGUAUAAUAACAAUUUAAUAAAUUAAUUAGAUAUUCCAUGAAGAUUGUUUAAAAUAAAAGUUAUAUGCUAAAUGGAAUGGUCCAAGAAUAGUUUUUAAUUUUAUGAAAUGUCCUUUAUGCAAUAAAUUUUUAGAUGUAAAGGUACCUCAUUUCUAAAAAUCAAUUGAAGAAGGAUAAGCACUAUUAAAAGAAGUUCAAGAAUUGUGUUUACAGAGAUUAAAACUUGAAGAAAAAGAGAAAGACAAAGAACUAAUAGAUCCAACACAUUAAUUUUUCUAAAAACCUUUAGAUUAUGCAAUGCAUAUCUAUUGUUAUUAUUUAUGUUUUAAAUGUAAAAAACCCUAUUUUGGAGGAUUAAAAAAUUGUUAAUAGGCAGCUGAUUAAGAUCCUAAAGUAGAAUUUAAAUAGGAAGAUUUAGUUUGUACAAAAUGCUGUCCAUUAUUAACUUUGGAGGAUAAAUGUAAUAAACAUGGGGUUGAUUUUAUCGAUUUUAAAUGUAGACACUGUUGUUCAAUUGCAUUGUGGUGGUGUCAGUAUAAUUACAACAUUAUUUAUAAGUGGUACAACUCAUUAUUGUGACCCUUGUCAUAGAAAUAUAAAAACAAAUAUGACAAAACCGUGUCCAGGAUUAGGAAAAUGUCCAUUAGGUAUACCUCAUAAACCUAAUGGAUAAGAAAUGUCAUUAGGUUGUUCGUUAUGCAGAGCAGAAAGAUUAAAAGCAAAAUGAUCAUUACCAUUUAAAUAUAAAAUAAAC